AUGUGGUUUUCAAAUAUGUUAAUAGAUGGCGGUAAUCCUAUAACAAAAUCCACAAUGACCACAUACUUCCAGUACCCUACUCCCGAGGUCCAGGAAGAGCUCAAGAAGAUCGCGCAAGCGAUCGUUGCUCCUGGCAAGGGUAUUCUCGCUGCUGAUGAGUCCACUGGUACCAUGGGCAAACGUCUUCAAGAUAUCGGCGUUGAAAACACUGAAGAAAAUCGCCGCAAGUACCGUCAGCUGCUCUUCAGCUCUGACCCUGCUGUAUCCGAAAACAUCUCUGGUGUGAUCUUAUUCCACGAGACUUUGUACCAGAAGACCGACGAUGGCACUCCCCUCGUGUCUCUAUUGGAGAAGCGUGGUAUCAUCCCCGGCAUCAAGGUCGACAAGGGUGUUGUCCCACUGUUCGGCUCUGAAGAUGAGUGCACCACCCAGGGCUUGGACGAUCUUGCCCAACGUUGCGCCCAAUACAAGAAGGACGGCUGCCACUUUGCUAAAUGGCGUUGUGUGCUCAAGAUCGGCCGCAACACACCAUCGUACCAGGCCAUCAUGGAGAACGCCAAUGUCCUCGCCCGCUACGCUUCUAUCUGCCAGAGCCAGCGUAUCGUACCCAUUGUUGAGCCUGAAGUGUUGCCUGAUGGUGAACACGACUUGGACCGCGCCCAAAAGGUGACAGAGACCGUAUUGGCCGCUGUCUACAAGGCGUUGAACGAUCAUCACGUCUACCUUGAGGGCACACUCCUCAAGCCUAACAUGGUAACCGCCGGUCAGUCGUGCAAGAAGACCUACACGCCUAUGGACAUUGGCCGCGCUACCGUCACCGCUCUCCUAAGGACCGUGCCCGCCGCCGUUCCCGGAGUGACCUUCCUCUCUGGUGGUCAAUCUGAGGAAGAGGCGUCAGUUAACCUGAACGCCAUCAACACUGUGGACCUCAAGAGGCCGUGGUCCCUCACAUUCAGCUACGGCCGUGCCCUCCAGGCCUCAGUCCUCCGCGCCUGGCAGGGAAAGAACGAGAACGUUCUAGCCGGACAACAGGAGCUUAUGAAGCGUGCCAAGGCUAACGGCCAAGCUUCUCAAGGCAAAUACGUCGCUGGAUCCGUAACAGGUGUGGGCGCUGAAGCCGGUCUAUUCGUAGCUAACCACGCAUAU